GAGACAGUGAAAGGGGCGAGAGGGGGCAAACGCUGGGGAGAGAGAGAGGGAGAGAGAGACUGCAAAAUCCGCCAAGUGCUCCUGGCGUGAAGACAUUCCUGUCUCUUUCGCAUCAUUCAGAGUGUCAGAAAGGAUGAGCUCGUGCAGCAGCCGGGCCCUGACACUGCUGUCUUCAGUGUUCGGGGCGUGUGGCCUGCUGCUGGUGGGAGUGGCUGUUUCCACCGACUACUGGCUUCUCAUGGAGGAAGGAAUCGUGCUGCAGCAAAAUCAGAGCACCGAGGUGAAGAUGUCACUGCAUGCAGGCCUGUGGAGGGUCUGCUUUGUGGCAGGUUCGGAGAAAGGGAGGUGUGUGGCGUCAGAAUACUUCUCAGAACCAGAAAUUGAGAUCACAACUGAAAAUACUGCAAAUAUACUAAAGAUGGUGAGGACAGCGACACCCUUUCCCAUGGUGUCUCUGCUCUUUGUCUUCGUUGCCUUCGUCAUCAGCAACAUUGGCCACAUCCGUCCACAGAGGACCAUUCUAGCCUUUGUCUCAGGCAUCUUCUUCAUCCUGUCAGGGCUCAGCCUGGUGGUGGGGCUGGUUCUGUACAUCUCCAGUAUCAACGACGAGGUGAUGAACCGGCCCCGUGAGCCUGAGCAGUUCUUCCACUAUCAUUACGGCUGGUCUUUCGCCUUCGCUGCAAGCUCCUUUCUGCUGAAAGAGGGUGCGGGGGUGAUGUCAGUGUACCUUUUCAUGAAGCGCUACACAGAGGAGGAGAUGUACCGGCCACACCCAGCCCUUUAUCGCCCUCGACUGUCAGAGUGCAGCGACUACAGCGGGCAGUUCCUUCACCCUGAAUCCUGGCCCCCCCUACAGAGGGGGCGCAGUGCUUCUGAGGCCUCCAGCGACAUUUCCAUCCAGCUGAACCAGGCUCUCCCACCCCCACCACCACCAAAAAACAAUCCACAGCACAGCCCCCCCAUGGGUGUCAUAGGGGCUUCUUCAGGCUCCUCUACUGGGCCAGGCUACCAGCUACUCCCCCCGACCUCAUUCCCCCUCUCUCACACUCUGCGUUCCUCUCGCAGCCCCUCCCUGGGCCCAACCAGUGCCCCUCAGUCUCUGCCUCUGGCUACCCCCCCCACCUGUGUGCCCCCACCCCGCUACCAUGCCCAUCUGCAGAUGAGCGCCUCCCCUUGUUAGAGUUGGGUUGAGCUGAGCUCAGAGUGGCACCAUGAUGACAGAAAGACGGACUUUAACAUGCAGAGGCAUUCGGUGGGAGGCAGAGGAGGGUCAUACAGAGAUGGGAAGCUGGCUGACGUACUGAAAGGGUGAGGAUGAUCAUACCUCCUGACUAGUAGGGGGAGGAGUCAGAGAUUAGCAAAAGAGCAGCAUACAGACAAAAUGUACAGGACAAGUAUCGCAAUCUUUGUAUAUACAUGCAGAUUAACACUGUAACUGACUGUAAACUUACUGUAGUAAUGAUCUUAAUUGAUAUUAUUAUAUUAUUAUUAUUAACCCAUUCUUUACCAUGGAGACUUGUCACACAAACUUUUUAUUUUAAAAGAUAAGGUGUCAUUGGCAGGUGAGCUGACAUUAAGAUGCUCUCCCAAUGUCCUCAAGAAUGUUUCCUGUUUCCUAGUUUCCCUGCACUUCUCUGGCUUACCACACAGCAGCCAGUUCACAAAUAUCCCUCAAAGGUAUUCCUGCAUGGAGCUACAGUCAUUAUUAAUACUGAGAAGAGGAGUUAUGAUAUUAAAUGAUAUGAUACAGUAAUCUCUCUUUCUCUCCACACACACACACACACACACACACACACACACACAUAUAUAUAUAUAUAUAUAUAUAUAUAUAUAUAUAUAUAUAUAUAGAGAGAGAGAGAGAGAGA